AUGGCGCAACGCUCCGGGAAGAUCACUCUCUAUGAGGGCAAGCACUUCACAGGGCGGAAGCUGGAGGUCUUUGGGGACUGUGACAACUUCCAGGACCGAGGCUUUAUGAACCGAGUGAACUCCAUCCGUGUGGAGAGUGGAGCUUGGGUCUGCUUUGAUCACCCUGACUUCCGAGGCCAGCAGUUCAUCCUGGAGCAUGGUGACUACCCUGAAUUCUUCCGCUGGAAUGGCCACAAUGACCACAUGGGCUCCUGUCGGCCUGUGGGCAUGCAUGGAGAACAUUUCCGCAUAGACAUCUUCGAGGGCUGCAACUUCACAGGUCAGUGCCUGGAGUUCGUGGAAGACUGCCCCUUCCUGCAGAGCCGGGGCUGGGCCAAGAGCUGUGUCAACGCCAUCAAGGUGUAUGGCGAUGGAGCGUGGGUCCUCUACGAGGAGCCCAACUACCGCGGCCGCAUGUACGUGGUGGAGAGGGGCGACUUCCGCAGCUUCUCCGACUGGGAGGCCCACAGCGCACGCGUGCAGUCGCUCCGCAGGGUGCUCAACUUCUUCUAG